GUCCUCCGGCCGCGGCAGAGGUUAUCAAUGCCACCACCACCGGGCAACCACAUCCCCCCUUCCGUCCAUUACGAGCCCGCGCUGGUUCUGAUGCAGUGAACAGAUAAGUUCUAAACAAUCGACAUUAAUUGUUAAACGCAUAAAUUAAAUAAAUAAAUAAAAAAUAAACGCUAAAAUAAACAUAAUAAAUCUACGUCUUAAAAAACAUUGGAUGCGUACGGAAAAUUCAAAAGAAGAAUAGUUGCAACAGACAAUAAAUAUCUGUAUAGUGAGUGUAAAGAAGGUGUGUGUUUUGACUUUGGACACAAACAGGUGGAAAUGUUAAGCUGGAGGCUUUUGCUGUGCGUAAUAACCAUUACAGCAUUUCACGAAGCAAAGUCGGCGAGCCUGCCGUUCAUUCGGCCAGCCCACAUCGGUGAUGCAAAUGGGGUAGUAGAAGGCGGAACGGGGAUAAGAGGAAUAAACUUUGGCCGGGUGAGAGAAGGGGUGCCUCCUCCGCUAUGCGCUGGUAGAUGCGCGGCUCCCCCCGCUGGGCCCGUGUGCGCGUUUGAUGCGGCGGGGACUGCUAGAACUUUUGCCACGCUCUGCGAACUGGAAGCCGUAUCGUGCCGGGAAAGCACGUAUUAUGCCAUCACGAGCCUUGGGGAAUGUUGACCACACGCGGAAAAAAAUAUUAAAUGAAGUCUUUUUAUAUUUUUAAGUGCCGAAUUUUUAGUUACUCUAUCAAUAUUCUAUAAUAUACGAUGCAGUAUCACGUUUUUUGUAGUAGUUAUAAACUUUUGGCAAUUAAAUAUGGAAACGUUUGAAGUUCCUCAAUGUCGUAAUGAAUAUAAUCAAUUUUAGGAUUAGAUUUUUUUCAAAAUUUAAACUAAAUCGUACAAUAUGGGUAAUCGUCUUGUGCUUAGUAUUAAAGUAUAAUGUAGAGUAAGCUUAUUUCUAUUUAUUGUACAAAGUACGAGUUUCAACUUAUCUACGUUUGCAACUAAUCUUGUCAACAAAAAGUUUAAUAAAUAAAGUAUGUGAGAUAAA